AUGCCAUCAUCAAAACAUUCAUAUUUUUAUGUAGCUCUCAGUAGUUUGUCAAAGUGUUACUUGCUUUUGAAUGAUAUUUCUAAAGCCACCACAGUGGCAGAAGAGGGUGUAUCUAUUCAAAGGUCAAUCCUUGAUCCUCAGCAUCUUUGCGUGGCAACCAGUACAUUAAUACUAGCAGAGUGUUAUUGUUUCUCUGGGGAUGUGACUAAUGCUAUUAUAAAUCUCAAUCAGUGCAUUGAAAUAUUUAGAACUAAGCUACCACUUGCAAAGGAAGGUCUUUGUAAAGCAUUAAAGGGCUUGGGGAUAUGCUAUUUUGGGAAAGACAUGUUUCCGGAAUCAAUUUUGUUUCUUCAAGAAUCUAUUGAUUUGUAUCACUCAUUACAUUGUGAAGUUGAGAUAAAUUUAGCUGAGGCUUUGUUAUGUCUUGGAAUGAACUAUGCCAAAGUUGGUGAUUUUGCAAACGCUGCAGAGCCGAUCAGAAAGAGUUUGUCCGGUUUGGUAGAACAGUCGGCUGAUUAUAUUUUAGCGUUGUGUUUCCUUUCCAAUGUCGCUUUAGCAUUAUACAUGCUGGCAACUUGUUUGUUCCCUCAAGCACAUUUUAGUGAAUGCUUGCAGCUGUACCUGCAGGUUCGUCACAUCCUUGUGCAAAAUCGUGAAACAACGUCGGAAAUCAUGGCGCAAGUAUGUUUUAUGAUUGGGUCAUGUCAUAUGGAGAUGUCGCAUCAGAGAGAAGCAGAGAAACCGUUGUUGGAGUCAAUUGAAAUAUACAAAGCUGUAACGCCUACUGGAAGUCUUGAAAUGGGCACAGCUUAUGCACGCCUCGGAUCAUUGUACGACGUGUUAGGUGAUAUAACAAAGGCAACGGAAAUGCUAAGUCAAGGUUUAUCAGUUCUACAACAGAUUCCACUACGUCACCAGACAGCAAAUGUCGCCGCACUCACUGCUGACGGUACUACAUUACUACACUUUUGA